GUUUUACCCAAGUGGUACUCUCUUUUAAUGCAUAAAGGCCAAGACACUAUUCUUAACUAUACUUAUAUAUAUUUAUUGUAGCAAAGACAAUCUAGUAGAGAAGAAAUUAUGGGCAUGAAAACUAGCUCUUUGGUUUGUUGUUUUGUGCUGUUUAUGAAUUGGGUUUUUUUGGCUAAAGCUGGUAGUGAUGAUGAUAGCAAAGGAUUAGGAGCUUCAUUUAUUUUUGGAGAUUCACUAGUUGAUGCUGGAAAUAAUAAUUAUUUGCAAACUUUGUCUAAGGCAAAUAUUCCUCCUAAUGGGAUUGAUUUCAAAGCUUCUGGAGGCAACCCCACUGGUCGAUAUACCAAUGGGAGAACCAUUGGUGAUAUAGUUGGUGAAGAAUUGGGACAAUCACACUUUGCUGUCCCAUAUUUGGCACCAAACACAACUGGAAAAGCAAUAUUAUAUGGAGUGAAUUAUGCAUCUGGUGGUGGGGGAAUUUUGAAUGCAACUGGAAGAAUAUUUGUUAAUAGAUUAGGAAUGGAUAUACAGAUUGACUAUUUCACCACAACAAGAAAACAGUUUGAUAAACUAUUGGGUCCAACUAAGGCAAAAGAUUUCAUAAUGAAGAAGUCAUUCUUUUCCAUUACUGUUGGGUCAAAUGAUUUCUUGAAUAAUUAUUUACUACCAGUACUCUCCAUUGGAGCAAGAAUUUCACAAAGCCCAGAUUCUUUCAUUGAUGAUAUGAUCACCCACUUAAGAGCCCAACUUACAAGACUGUACAAGUUGGAUGCUCGGAAAUUUGUGGUGGGAAAUGUUGGUCCAAUAGGCUGCAUACCUUACCAAAAGACCAUAAAUCAAAUAAAGAAAGACCAAUGUGUUGAAUUGCCAAAUAAAUUGGCUAUUCAAUAUAAUGGGAGGUUAAAACAGUUGCUUACUGACUUAACAGAAACUCUACCAGGAUCCACUUUUAUCUAUGCCAAUGUUUAUGAUCUAGUUUUGGAGCUCAUUACAAACUAUGACAAAUAUGGGUUUUCAACAGCUAGUAGAGCUUGCUGUGGAAAUGGGGGCCAAUUUGCUGGAAUAAUUCCAUGUGGACCUACUUCAAGUAUGUGUUCAGAUCGAUCUAAGCAUGUAUUUUGGGAUCCUUAUCAUCCUAGUGAGGCUGCUAAUGUUAUAAUAGCCAAGAAAUUACUUGAUGGAGAAAAAAGAUACAUUUCUCCAAUGAACCUAAGACAACUUAAAGAUCUUUGAUUAAUUAUGUUUUGUUAUUUUUUUUUAAGGGAUUUUCUUCUUGUAAUAAAGCAAAUAUAUGUUUGUUCUGUCAAA